UACAAACAAUACAAAACUAAAAACGAUUGCAACUAUGAACAUAUUCUAAUGUAGAUAAUGUCACGAGCUAUAAGAGUUUAGGACUACAGGCUAUCAAUCUAAUCAAAGCUGGUUAACUUUUUUGUUAACGUCCACAGGCCGCCCACGCGCGCUUUCGAGCGCAGAUGAAUUGGAUACGAGAGGAUGAGAGAGUUGGAGGAGGAGCCUGUGCAUGGUCGGAGCCUUAAACCCCGGACCCCCGCCGGGUGACCCGCAGAGAUGCUACACUCUGGGAUGGAACACUGACAACAACUGUGUAGGAGACGCAGGGAAGAAAGUUCAUAAAGAUUGAGUGCUUUAGGCUAGUUGAUGGAUAGAAGGUUUUACUCCCUGUAGAAAGGUGAGAUAGUAGUAACCUAGAGGCUACGCCUGCUCAACAGCCAACAAGAACACACAGGAGGUCCUUAGGAGCGUUAUUUCAAACAGCAGGAGACCAUGAUGGCCAAGUCGUACGGGAGGCCCAGCGAGGGGGCGGAGCUAGUCAGUUCUCUGGAGUGGAUGGAUGAUGACGUGAGCUCCCCAGACGGAGACGAGCCAAUCACAGCACACCGCUACAGACCGGGUGGAAUGGGCCACCUGGGCAGGGAGCUGGGCAGUGAGGACGUGGAGGAGGAUGAAGAGGAAGGGGAAGAGGAGGGCCAUGGAGACGGGAACGCUCCCAAACGCAGAGGGCCCAAGAGGAAGAGGAUGACCAAGGCCCGGCAGGAGCGCUUCAAGGCGCGGCGUGUGAAGGCUAACGCCCGGGAGCGCUCGAGAAUGCAUGGGCUGAACGACGCUCUGGAAAACCUGCGCAGCAUCAUGCCCUGCCACUCUAAGACCCAGAAACUGUCUAAGAUCGAGACCCUGCGGCUGGCCCGCAACUACAUAUGUGCCCUGUCUGAAGCCCUGGAGGGGGACCAGUCCACGGAGAGCAGGGCCUUUAUGGAAACCCUGUGUAAAGGCCUCUCCCAGCCUACCAGCAACCUGCUGGCUGGCUGUUUGCAGCUGGGGCCUGGGGGGCCUAUCGAGGAGAGGCCUGAAGACACGCAUGGGGGGAGAGGAGGGCCCACAAUCCUGGGAGGGGUGGGGAUGGCCGUUGGACCAAUCAGCUACUCUUCCCCCGGCCUGCCCAGCCCGCCUUACGGCACACUGGACUCCGCCCACCUACUUCACCUGAGAGGGAUGAAGGGAGGGGCUUACGAGAGCCACUCCCCUAACGACUGUAACAGUGGGGUAGGCACCCCUCCCUACGAUGGCCCCCCCACGCCCCCGCUCAGCAUUGGCAGUAACCUAGUGCUCAAGCAGGAGUCCUCGCCCCACUAUCUCCCCCCUCCCCACUACCCCCCCUCCUCCAUCGGCCUGACAGGCCCCCAGGGACAGGUCUUGUACCAUAGCGCCCGCUACCAGGUGCCCCUGGAGAUGCCCUAUGAUUCAUACCGCCCUCCUCACAUGGCACCCCCACAGAUGGGCACCGUCUAUGGGGAUUAAGGGGUAGAGAGGACAGAUGGGGCAGAUGAGACUCUCCCCAACAACACACUUCCCCAACUGGCUCCAUCUUGACCAAUGACUGAGAUGUUGGGAGAAAUAUGACUUUGAUAUGAGAGACCCAUCUUAGUACUAAACACUGUGAAACCAGCCCAUCGUUGUGAACAACUGGGUAGUUACUUAGUAAAAAGUAGAAAGUGGAUUGUUGUUUACAUUUGUGUACUGUAAAGGUUAGUGCUCAACACUGUCAAAAUCAGCUCAUGAUUGACUUUAAACCGCUUGUUUGCUGUUUGUUGUUUCUGAACACCAAUUAAGCUAAAAGGCACCUCGCUACUUGACCAUUUCCAAGGGGUUCACAAGAGGAGUGGGUCCUAUAGGUGGAAAGGCUGACUUGAAGAAAGACCUCAGCUUGAGCACUUCUGACCAGCACUCGGAACAUGAAACACAUCAUUUACAUGAAUGAAUAAUAAUGCAUUUAUUUAUUCUCUAAUUUAAUAUUUAUAUGAACUGCUGUUAGUAAUGUUGUGUUUAUCCUUUAUAUAUGUGUUUGGUCUUGGCCUUCUCUACUUGUGUUGUCCCUGUUACAUUGUUGACUGACUCUGAUAGUGUAUCUAUUUUCUCUCUUCUGUGUCCAUUUAUCCUUUGUGGUCAGUUGUUCCCUGUUUCACACAGAAAAAUAUUCUCAUAUAUAUUGCUAGCAUAGCUGAGGAUCAGAGAGAAAACUGCCCAUGAGGAAGUGAGAAAUGUCUGCUGUUGUAAUGACAAGAACAAAUAUCAAUUACAAAAUCUGAUCAAGGUGUAACUUGUUAUUAGAGAUAUCAUUCUGUUCAGACACUUUCUCCAUUUCGCCAAAUAUAAAAAAAUGCAAAAAUGUUCCUCAAGAUGAAUACUUUUGGAUUGAAUUUUUGAACA